AUGGAUCAGACAACCUUGGAUUUCUUUAAGCAAGCUUUUGAGCAACUAACCAAGCAAAUACAGGAUAACCAUACAGAAAUUAAAUCCAACAGAACAGCAAUAAAGGAAAGCAUCAAAUCGUUUAAAAAUGAAAUAAAGGAUAAUUGUAGAAGAAUGAUGGAUAACACGAAAAGGUUAGAGAAUACUAGAAAUGAGGUUGAAUCGAAGAAACUGGAGGACAAUGAAAGGAACCAGAAUAAUCAGGAAGUGUCAAAAAUGAUGGAAGCUAUACCAGAUAGAAAAAAAGAAAGUUUGCAAAUGACGGAAGCCAGAAGACUGAAACUGAAAGAAUACAGGGCCCUUCAGAAAUUCCUGAAGAAUGUUUGCAGCGUGGAGAUCUGGUUGAAACAAAAGCUUCAAAUAACGGCAGAUGAGAGCAAAAGGGAACCUCAUAACCUGGAAAGUGAAAUCCAGAAGCAUUCUAUAUUUGAAGCAGAGGUUAUGGACAGCGAUGAAAGAGUGCAAAGCGUAAUAAACGAGGGACAAGAGUUACUACAUUCGAAUCACUAUGCCAAAGAUGAAAUAGCCAUAAGGCUAGAAGAAAUCAAAGAGGAUUGGAAGAGACUGUUGGAACUCAAGCAGAUCAAACGGGAAAAGCUGAACGAGGCAUAUCAAGCACUGCUCUUCAGGAGGUCCGUCGAAGAGUUUGAGGUUUGGCUAGGUGAAGUCGAGAUUGAACACCUAGAGAACUACGAGAGCAUCAACGAGAUAGAUGAGGAGGUACAGUGGUUGAGCGAUAGGAAAUCGCUGGCAGCGUCUUUGGACAUGAGUAUCAGUCUUACCGCGGUCCAGAGCUUACAGAAAAAGUAUCGGACGCUGGAGGUCGAGCUGAACUCAAGGGAACACAUCGUGAAAAGUUUGAUGGAUAGGGCAGUCAACAUGAUGAGAUCCGGUCAUGAGUUCUCCAAUGAUAUCAGUGAGAAGGUGAAGGAAUUGGAGAAUCGAUUUGUGAUGGUAAGGGAUAUGGCCAGUCUGAAGAUGUUGAGGUUACAAGAUGCCCUUGAAUUGGAAAAGUUUUACGAGGAGAGUUCAGAAGCUGAGGCCUGGAUUGAUGACAAGUUGUUGGCUCUGGCAACAAGUGAGGUUGGUAGAGAUGAGAUUUCCAUUCAGACGUUGCAGGGAGAGCUGAGUAUAAUAACUGCUGAAGUUGAAGCUUACCAGGAAACGAUCGAUAAAUUAUCCCAGAGAUGUUGCCAUCUUGUGGAAAGAGAGCACUACGAUGCAGAUAACAUCAAGAAAAGAGAGGAAGAAAUAGUGCACAAGUUCAAGAAGUUACGUCAGCUAGUGGCUCAGAGGGAAGUUUCCCUCUCUGAAGCCUUCCAGUAUUUCGGGUUCCUCCAAGAGUGCACCAAGCUCCAAGAAUGGAUCAAGGACCAGAUGACCAAUUCCAAAAUUGAAAAGCAUGGAGUUGAUGUCGAGCAUGUGGAACUUCUAAUUCAUGCCUUCGACACUUUUUACGCUAGUUUAAUGAAUAGCGAGGCAAGGCUCCAAUCAUGUUUAAUCAGUGGAAAUGCUCUGAUAGAAGCUAAAUGCAGAUAUAGCGCCAAGAUCCAGGAGAAGAUGAUUGAGGUCGAGACUCAAUGGCAGGAUCUUUUGGAGCUGGUAAACGGUCUGAAUGAACUCUUGGUCGGAGCAAAACAUGUGCAUAUGUUCGAUAGAAGAGCUGAAGAAAUAAUCUCUUGGAUAAGCGAGAAAGAAGUUGACUUGUGCUACGAUACCAAUAGUCAAGACUCGGAAAGUAACCAAGAUUUGCUCAGAAAACCUCAGACUUUUGAAGGCGAGUUGGAAGUGAUCGAGGACAAGGCGAACUUUAGAGAGCAAGAGGCCAAGAAACUUGUCGAGGAAUUCCCAGAAACCAAUGAGCACAUUGACAGCAAGAGAGAAGAUACGCUGGAAGCUUACAAAUAUCUUGUUGUGUGCGCAGAGAGAAAGAAAUAUAACUUGCAGCAAUUGGAACCAUCCCGAGGUUAUAUUAACCAAGAUAUUGCCGAGAAGUUCAAGAUCCUGAAGCUUGGAUUAGGGACUUGGAAGAAGCAAAAGGAUAUCUGCGAUCAGAACCUGGACGUUCAGUUAUUCAAGAAGGAGGUGUCCGUAUUCGUGAAUUGGCUGAUAACGAGGGACGACGCUCUCAAGGAAGAGAAACUGGAAGAUCUGAUCGGGACGUAUUGCGACUUUGAGGAGAGGAUCAAAGUUCGAGAGAAGACUGUUAGGUAG